AUGAGGAAGAAGCCGAGGUUUCAUUCGCUAAAGAAGCUAAAAGUCAGACAGGACUGGUCACGCUGGUCGCUCUACAGCAUAUCACAAUUGAGGCCUCCAAAUGUAACGACGAAGACAUACUUCCAACAGAAAUGGACGGCCAAGUCAGACACGCGCGCGUACCACGGCGAGCAGAUCCGGGAGAAGAAGUGGAAGCGUCUGUUCAGGAGAAAUCUACCCGCGGUGGUUCCGAUGGAUCACAGAUACUUGGCUAGAUUCGACGGUUCUGAACAGGCUGCUGGACGAGGUGCUGGCGCAGAUUCGAAUGAUAAGACGCGCACACCACCACAGACGCCGUAUAUGCAGAUGACAUACUAUCCAAUCGAGCGACGACUGGACUCGGCUAUCUUCAGAGCACUGUUCGCAAGUAGCGUACGCCAGGCGAGACAAUUCGUUGUACACGGGCUGGUUAGGGUCAACGGCAAGAAGAUGCCAUACCCCGGAUACAUGCUCAAUCCAGGCGACAUGUUUCAAGUCGAGCCCUCAUCCGUCAUGUUCGCUACCGGCGCCCAGAAAUCCCGCUCCUCCACCGCCCGCAAAGUCGCCAAAGAAAAGGCCGCCGAGCGUGCCCAAGCCCGCGAAGGGAACCCAGCGCCCGCGCACAACCCCAGUCAAAAGGCCGAACCCAUCGCUACCCGCGAAGAGCCUACACCUAAAGAGCUCAAAGAGCACAUGCAGUCCCUCAUGGUGGACGUCGAGCACGUCCUCAACGAAGACGUCGGCGCAAAAGACAAGCAGAAAUUCCGCGCCUUCCGCCAGACCGUGCGCAAGGCCGUGAGCCUCUGGAGCAAAGCUACUCCCGACACCGUUUCCACGCUAGAUACCCAGUUCACGUUCCUCAAAGAUGCGUUGAAUGCCCGUCGAGCAGCGCAGACGUCCGCGCCUGCCGAGGAAGAAGCCACACCGAUGAUGUCUCCUGAGGACCAGAAGAAGCUGAAGGAUGCGUUUGAGAAGCUGAAGCUGGAGCAUGAAAACACUUCCGCGUGGAACAAGCGUGAUGCGUCCGCCCCAUAUGCUACCCCCUGGCGGCCACGAGACUAUAUGGCGGCGUUUGCAUUCAUACCGCGGUACUUGGAGGUCAACCAGAACAUUUGUGCGGCGGUGUACCUGAGGCAUCCCGUUGCACGGCCAGGUCUCUCGGAGGUGCCGACGCCGUUCCACGUCGAAACGGGACAGCUGGCGUUUAACUGGUACCUGAGGAGACGGUAA